AUGAAAAGCUAUUUGUCACUGCUCCUACUGCUCCUAGCUUUCGUGCAAGUGACUCUGGCCUAUGAGGGGAAUGAAUAUUUCAGAUUCUACAAGGAGUGCCUAGAGAGUUUCAACCAAGUUGGGAAUGAUCUCGGCUAUGGCAUGGGGAAAGCGAAGUGCACCAACAGAUCUGUCGUAUCCGCGACGAUUUCUACGAUCGAUGCAGUUGGUGAAGAAGAACCCGGACUGGCAUGA